GCCUACAACAUCCACGUGAACGGGGUGUUGCACUGCAGAGUGCGCUACAGCCAGCUCCUGGGGCUGCACGAGCAGCUAAGGAAAGAGUAUGGCGCCAACGUGGUCCCAGCCUUUCCCCCUAAGAAGAUCUUCACACUCACUCCGGCAGAGGUAGAGCAACGACGGGAACAGCUGGAGAAAUACAUGCAGGCUGUGCGGCAGGACCCGACGCUGGGAGGCAGCGAGACCUUCAACAGCUUCCUGCGCAAGGCCCAGCAGGAGACGCAGCAGAUACCUACAGAGGAGGUGGUGCUGGAGGUGCUGCUCUCCAACGGCCAGAAGGUCAAGGUCACCAUCCUUACCUCGGACCAGACAGAAGAUGUCCUUGAGGCUGUGGCCUCCAAGCUGGAUCUGCCCGAUGACCUGGUUGGCUACUUCAGCCUCUUCCUAGUGAGAGAGACGAAGGACGGUGCUUUCUCCUUCGUGCGGAAGCUGCAGGAGUUCGAGCUGCCCUACGUGUCGGUCACCAGCCUGCACAACCCCGAGUUCAGGAUCAUCCUGCGCAAGAGCUACUGGGACUCCUCCUACGACGACGAUGUAAUGGAGCAUCGUGUGGGCUUGAACUUGCUGUAUGCGCAGACGGUGUCGGACAUCGAGCAUGGGUGGAUCCUUGUCAACAAGGAACAGCACCGGCAGCUGAAGUCCCUGCAGGAAAAAGUCUCCAAGAUGCAGUUCAUCCGCCUGGCGCAGACCCUGAAGUACUACGGCUAUCUCAAGUUCGACCCCUGUGUCACCGACUUCCCCGAGAAGGGAUGCCAUGUCGUCGUCAGCGCAGGCAACAACGAGCUCAACUUCCAGGUGCGGCUGCCGAGUGAGCAGAUCAAGGAAGGCAGCUUCAAGGUCACACGCAUGCGGUGCUGGCGGGUCACGUCCUCGGUGCCGAUGAGCAACGGUCCCUCGGGGAGCAGCCCAGGGAAGUCCGAGGUGAAGCUGGAGUUGGCUUUCGAGUAUCUAAUGAGCAAGGACCGGCUGCAGUGGGUCACCAUCACCAGUCCACAGGCCAUCAUGCUGAGCAUCUGCCUGCAGUCCAUGGUGGAUGAGCUGAUGGUGAAAAAGUCUGGAGGCAGCAUCCGCAAGAUGUUUCGCCGGCGGGUGAAUGGGGCCCUGCGGCGCUCGGACAGUCAGCAAGCUGUGAAAUCGCCCCCGCUGCUGGUGAGUGGGACCCUGCAGCCCUGGGAGAGGAGACAAGCGUGCCCACAGGCUUUGCUGGGUAGCAAGCUCACCUCUGUCAGCCUGCGGGGGAUCAGCCACUCCAGCUCUGCCAACGAGGUGGGCGCGAACGACUUCCAUGGCAAUUACGCCUUCGAGGGCAUUGGCGAUGAAGAUCUGUAG